AUGGUGUCUACUUACGAUUUUUUUUAUGAAUUGGCAUCCUUGGAUCCUUUGGAACGCCAGGCUUCGACUGCUGGUUUUAUCUCGUACCUGCACAAUAAAUACGAAGAGCAUUUAAAGUCGAAGGUGAACCCCACUUCAAAUAAAAUUGCUAAAGAGGAUUUCACGGGGGUCUUGGAUUAUCUGGAAAGCUCAUGUGGUGCAGACAUAACAUAUUCUCUGGUCCGUUUGACAAGAGGUCUCGCUAGUCCACGAGCAGGCGCUAGACAUGGUUUUUCCCUUGCCUUGAUCGAGCUUUUGGCCUGUCUGAAGUGCGUCACGUACAAAAUUAUAGCAACGCUCAUCGACGAAGCAUGUCUGAUAAAGUCCUCGAAAGAUCGUGAAAAUUCGGAUCUUAUUUUUGGGCGCGUCUUUGGCUUCAUGGCCAUCAUUCAAUCGGGAAUUCUUUGGCGCGAAAGUUCCACUAAAGAAAAUUACAUUGAGACUAUCGAUAAUUUGAUAGCUUGUUCCAAUUACAAGUCAUACGUUCGAGAAUCCUGUUAUCACAUCAUAAUUUCGAGUAUACCCCACUUAAAAAUCACUUCCUUUGAGGAUUCAGCGAUAGCACAUCUGAUAACUGUCAUGAAAGGACGUAACAACCAUGGAAUACAUAAUCCCGAUGAUGUAAAUCUUGCGCUUUCCAUUGAAUCCCAAUAUCCAGAAAUAGUGAAAAACGACAGUUGGAAAAAAAUUUUGUUGCAUGAUUGCGACUCAUGCGUUGUUAAAUGGCGAAACCCAAAUAUUAUGCAUCGAGAUAAUAUGGCGAAGCUAGCCGAGGCCAUUCAAGUAUGCUUUGAAGAUCUGGUUAUCUCUGUUUCACUCGUAUCACUUUAUCCAUUUAUCAUUGCGUUUCAGGCUAGGUCAAGCAAGCUCGCAGCUGAAAUCCAUCAAAAUCAGGAGAGUCGACUGCAUUCCGUGUGGAACACGAUAAUAAACCUGUAUAGCUGUGAGGAUGUCAUCGGAAAGCAUUCGAUUAAAUUUGAUGACUUCUGGAAAUUUGUUGUAGAUGCUCACUUUGCAACAUUUCAGCUGAAGGUAAUUGAACAAGUUUCCGCGGAGGAUGGAGAUAAGGGAAUGAUCAUAGUCAAAUCUUUGUUGGGUACAAACUGCAAUUGGGACUUUGACACGCUCAGCGGUACCAAAACCAUCAAGCGAAUUCUUAGAACAAUGAGUAGUGACGCAUUAGAAAAUUUCUUAUUGCAUGUCGAACAGAUAUUUCUGAAACCGAAUCAAAAGGAUAAUAGCGGUACCGAUACGAUUGAGGAUUGCCGGCAGUGGAUAAUCAAUUUCGUAUAUUCGAUAUUGAAAGACGCGCAGAUGAAACGUCGCGAAAGCUGGAUGAUAAUCGUUUUUAAUAUGUUCAUAAUGUAUGGAUUCUUCACUGCUAAAGUUGAUGGAGAAAAGAAAAUUUCGAAGUGCGAUUUCGACGAAUCAUCGAGUAUGUUCGAUUCCAUGGGGGAACCCCUGGAAAAAAUGAGAGAGGAUUUUAUGCAGGCUAGAUUUAGAGUGCCUAAACCUCCACUGUCCGAGAAAACUCAGGAAUGUUGUAGGACACGCUUCUUUCAUGCGCUUGGUGAAUUGAUUACCAUUCGUCCUCUCGAAAAUAAACAGAGCUUUGACGUUCGACUAAAUGGCACCAUGAAUAAUGGUGAAACGUGGGCCUAUUAUGCCGUGUGUCAACUUGUAAAACUCGAAAGAGAUGAAAAAAUUGAACCGUUAAUUAUUCUUAAUGAUGAAGUCCGAGAAACAAAGGAAAAAGUCUUUAAGAUUAUGCACCGAAUUAAUGAUAAACUUAGAAAGAGUAAAGAAAAGACGACGAAAAACCAAGACGAGGCAUUGCAAUGUGAAGGUUUUCUGUGGCUCUUUUCCUUUUCCAUUCUUACAUUGUACAAUGAGCAGAAGGAGGCAAUGAACGCCUUGGAGGAUUUGCAAUCUUGUUAUGCAAAAAUGUCUGCAAAGUCCAAGAAGUCAAUUCACGAUGAACACGAUCCAGCGGAUGUGAUUGUUGAUAUAUUACUUGGGUAUCUAGCGAUACCAUCUUCCUUAUUGCACAAUAUGGCUGAGCAUGCAUUCAGGAUAUUUUGUGGCAAAAUUACCGGAUCUUCGUUGAAUCUAUUAUUAGAUCUAAUAAAUAAAGGAGAUAUCGAAGCAAUGGAUAUCGACAGCGAAGAGGAGGUAGAUAAAAUGGAAGGAGAGGAUGAAGAUGACGAGGAGAGCGAUUCGAAUGCAAGUGAAGGGGAAGAUGACAGUAACGAAGACGAUUCGGGAGAAAGUGAUGAUGAUCAUGUAAUACUGAAACGAAAAUAUAAGAAUAUUGACGAGCAAGAUGAGAAUGAAAGCGAUGAGGAUGAUGAAAAUGACGAAGAUAAUGAAGAUAAUGAAAGCGAUGAAGGAGACGAUGCUGUUAGCGAUCAGGAAAGAAUGAUGGAAGAUUUGGAUUCCAAGUUAGUAGAAUAUUUCAAACAAAAGAAAAUUGAAAAAUCGAGAAAGAAAGAUGCAAAAUACCAGAAGAUACAUUUCAAGCAUAAGGUCAUCGGGCUGUUGCGCGUUUUUGCUCACUCUCAACCCACCAAUCCUCUCAUUCUUGAACUUCUUGUUCCUUUACUUGAAAUCUCCAAAAAUUCAAAAACUGAUGAAAUUUCAAGAAGCGCGUUUGUUCUUCUUAAUAAAAUAAUCGCGAACAAAGAAGUGCCAACUCAAUUUGAAGACGGCAAAGUACUUACCUUAAUUAAGCAGGUGCACGAUUUAUCCAGUAAAUCAAAGAAUGGGGAAUUGUCGAAAUCAUGUUGGAAGGCCGGCAUAUACCUAUUUAGGUCCUUAGCCUUGCACUAUAAGGAUGAAGGAAGCGAUGGAUUACCGGAAGAAUACCCAAAUCCAUCUAUAGAAAAGGCAGUCAAUAUUUACGAAUUAUCAUAUCAGAAAUGGAUAAAGAGGCCCAAUCGUUUGACGGUCAAAUCUUUCUCGGAGUUGCCCAAUCUUCUUCCACAAGUUCCAUGGUAUUUGUCCAAGAUAUUUCUCGAGUUCACUGAUCCAGAAACUGCCAAGAAUCCUAAACAAGUGACACUCGCGUAUGAUAUUUCAAAGUCAAUAUUCAACUACUAUGUACCCAAGAAGAAACGGAAAUUG